AAGAUCGCACGGAGCAAAUGGAGCAGCGAAGAUUGCAAGGAGCGAUGAAGGAGCAAUAAUGGCGAAAACGAUGGAGAAGCAAAGAUCUACAUGAGCAGCAAAGGUGAUAGUGGCGAAGAUGGCUGCAUUACAAAUCGGGAAGUCCCCAAUGUUGAAACUCUAGAUCCGACUAUGAAGAUUUCAGCAGAGAAGGGAAGGGUUGCAGAUUUAAGAGGCUUAAGUGAAAUGAACGGCUCUCAGCCCUCUUCCUCUUCCCACUCUGAAUCUUCUUCUCCCCCUGUCACUCCUUUGAUUCGCCGUCCCUCUCACCAGUCUAGCUCUCAGGCCCGGGAAAUAGUUGCCCAGGAGCCUGUCCCUUUGAACCAAAUGCUCGGUCGCUUCGAUCUUAAGGUCCUCAGCUGGGACCAGUGGGAAGAGCGAUUGGGAUCGCUGGGUUACCUAGCCCUUGACUCCGGACCGGUCUUCAAGGAGUCCUCUAGGGUAACCAAAAAGGUCCUGGCCGAGGUACGCUCUGUCCUUCCACCGGGCUAUAAAGUCAUUUCUAACACCACCUGGCCCAACAUCAUAGAACCCCACCAAGGAAACCGGUUGGGUUUUCACGUUGCUUCGCUAGAGGGGGGCAUUAUCUUUCCCCUUCGCCCCCUCCUCGUAGAAAUCUGUAACAAGUUCAAUAUCUUGCCCGGCCAGCUUACUCCAAAUGCUCACCGGUUUUUGAAUUGUUUUGUAAAUAUUUGUGAAUCUCUAAAAAUCAAACCUUCUUUGGACCUCUUCUUUCAUAUGUAUGAUGUCUUGCCCGGGACUAGUAAUUGCCCGGGCUUUGUUUACUUCCAUUCCCGUGCCAACUCUAGGGGUUUUUUGACCGGUCUUCCCCCUAGCCACAAGAAAUGGAAGCAAAGAUUUGUUUUCGUUGAGUUUCCCCCUGACCAAUUUCCCCUCUCUAACCGUGAGUGGGCUGACCGGGUUAUAAAACCUGAAAGGGUUCACCCGGUGCCCACUAAAGAGCUUGAGGACGCUUGCGAGAAACUUCUCAAGGGUGAUCCUGUGACCGGGAAACCUUAUGCUUAUGGGGGCUGGGUGUACCGGUUGUCCAACCCGGAUGAGGGUAUGUCUGCGACCCAUGACGCAGAAGAUGACCGGGCCAACUCCCCGGAUGGUCAUGCUGAGGGCAGUUCUCCUCAUCCAGACAUGGAAUUCAACAGGAUGACCACCAUCAUCGAAGAUGACGACGAUGAUAUUCAAGAGCUGAAAUCUCCUCCAGCCAGCCAUCAUUCCGAGAGUGACCGGGCCAAUCCCCCCAAAGUCCUGGUCAAAUCAAGUGCUAAAGAGGUCGGUGCAUCUUUUUCUUCAAAAGGCAAGGACCAAAAAAGGAAGAGCUCUCAUAAGAGUUCCAGGGGAGGCAAGAAGAGGAAGAUCAGUUUAUCAGAUAGGGAGGGGGAAUCCAUCGAAGAAACCUUCCUAUCCCUGGCCAAAAAACUCAGCAAGGCCGGGGUCAUUUCAGAGGAGAUUGGCCAAACACUUUUGGAGCCAAAGGACCAGGUCUCCCAACCUAAUCUCCUCCUUGAUUCUGCUAAGUUGGAGAUUAAUGACCGGGCAGAAAGGGAGAGGAGGCUUGAGGAAGAGCUGAAGGAAGAGAGGGCCAGGUUAGAUGAGGAAAAAGCCAAGUUGAUGGAGGAGAAGAGGAAAGUGGCCGAGCUAGAGGAAGCUUUAGGACAGGCUGAGGAAUCCCCCCGGGCAAAGGAGCAAUCCUUUCCUGAUGAUGCUGCCAACUGGGCCGCCUGCCAUCAUGAUGAAGUAGCCCGGUCCAUCCUCACCAAACCGGAGGAGACCAUGGACUUCUUCAAAGUCAUGUACAAGGAGCCGGAAGGGAAGAGGAUGAUCACUGACAUUGGAUCUUACGGGUUCCAAUGCGGUCAAAAGGAAGAGAGGUCCCUUCUUUAUGCCAGACUUCAGAAGAGGGUCCCUUCCUUUGACCCGGUCAAGAUGAAACUCCCAGCUUUGAAUGAGGAAGUGCCAACUCCCCCCUUUCCCCUUGAAUAGGUUAGGGUUUGAUUUUGAAGAACUCUGAAUUUCCCAAGGUCUGGGGGAUGUCCGGCCUAAUAUUUGACUUGUAAUUUCAUCUCUUCUUGGCACGCUUUUAUCUUUACCGGUCUCUUUGCUUUACUCUUUGAAUGGUUGAAUUUCCUUUCUUGCAUGGCUGAAAUUCUUGCCUGGUUGUUUUACCCGGUUGAAUUUAAAAGUUGCUUGGUUUGAAGAAUGUCCAGGUCUAAUUGGCUUGCUAAAACUUUAAGAAUCAUUUGAAGAAUGUCCAGGUCUAAUUGGCUUGGUUGACAAUUUCCCAGAACAUGCUUGCUUCCAAGUCAAUAUAAGUAACUGGCAUAG